GAAAAUAUGGCGGUACAUUUGCCUGGCCACUGAUGUACCUGGUUAAGUUUUGUUUUUAAAUUUUAAGUUAAUGACAUGAGCAAAUUUUUAAGAAUUAACAUAGUUUAAAAAUUAUUGUUGGGCACUGGAACAAGGAACAAAUUAGAUGUAUAUCCUAAAGUGUGGGAUUUGGCCCAAAGGAUUUUUUUUCUUCUUACCACACCCACAUCAUUUUUUGAGAUUAAAACAAAUAUUAUCUGUUUAGAAGCAAUUCGAGCCUCAGCAAUUAUGUAAUUGAUUCAACAGAAAAUAGAAUUUGUACCUCCGCCUCGAACCAGGAGAAACAUGUAAAUUUCGAUAGCAAAAGCGACUACCAGAAAUCAAGUUUGAUCGAUGAAAACUACACAGCAACCAGUAUCCUUAAUAGUGACAAAAAUAACCUAGAUUGUCACAUAAAAUAUUCAUGGCAAGAUAUCGAAAAUUGGAUUCCACCUGCGCAAAAAGACAAAAUUUCUAAAGCGGAAAAGAGCAAUUUUGAAUGCAAAAUAACUUACUCUUGGCAGGUUCUAGGGAUCAGUACACAAACAUCUCUUCAGCUUUUACAAAAUGUAGAUCAAGAUCAAGAAAACGAUAGAUACAAGUGUCAAAUAAAAUAUUCCUGGCAAAUAGUAGGAAAGAGUACACAAGUCUCGUUGAAUUAUUACGAAAAUCAUUUAAGUUUUAACGGCGAUUAUUGGAAAGGAUCAAUUCUCCUUCCGAGAGAAAAUUACAACAAGUGGAACAAAAUCAAGUCCCCGAUAGAAUCUUUGAAUAGUAAAAAAACUAUUAUUCUUUACAGCGAAGGGACACAAACUUUAUCUGAUAAAAGAACACAAACGGAAUUGACCGAUUGCCGUGUCAAAUAUUCCUGGGAAAAUUUAAUUCAACAGCAUUUGAAAUCACUCGAAUCUUCGAAGUUUGACGCUUCCGAGAAAAUUUCGUACGAUAAAUACUGCGUAGAUGAUUCGAGGAUUCGUUUAGAACCUAUUAAAUGCUCUGCGAAAUAUUCUUGGCAGAAUUUAAUCAGGCAGCGUUUGAAAGAAGCGGAAUAUUAAGGAAUUAAAAAUAUAUAUAUAUAUAUAUUGUGUAAACAGAAAUUCUGAUUUACCAAGGAAUUCUGCAUUGGCAAUACAAAUUGAGAGCUUCCAUGCGCUUGUUGAGUAAAUAAUUAAGACUAAGAGUCUCAAGAAGGGUGUCAAUCAGUAUUAAGAUAGGCAUAACAUAAGGGUAAAAAAAUCGAGAGAUGGAUCAAGUAUCAUCGAAACCAAAAGACUUAAAAAUUGCAGUUUGCGAAGAAAAAAUUCUAUCAGAUAUUAGAAAUAGUUUGCCACUUUUACCAAAGAUAGAUAAGAAUGCAAAUGAUAGUAAUGUUCAAAAAACGAGAAAGUCGGGUGAAGAUGAUCUGUUUGAUCGUUUGGCAAGUGCAAUAUCGAAACAGAAACAAUACGAGCAGAGUGUGAAUGCUGCUUGGUUUGUAGAUAACGCUGGUUUACACGAAAAUUUUAUAAACGAUGGUUCGAUAAAGGGGGCUCAGUUACCAAAGCAUGUUGAAGAAAAUAUUCAAGGAAUCGCUCAAUCUGCUGAAGAUUAUAUUAGCAAGUUAGAGGAACAAUUACAAGAUCUUGACUGCGCUGAUGAGCAAAUAAUUACAAGUGCAAAUAAAGCUUUGCAAGAGAUCGACGAAGCAUACCAAAGUUUAAUAAACGAAGUGUGUUGCCAGAUAAAUCGAAAACGUGAUUUGAUAAGACUGGAGACUGAAGUGCAUAAAAAUGAGGGACUUGCGCCUUUAAAAGCCUGCCGUCAGGAAAUAAAUGCGCAAAUUCGAAGUACGCAGCAUCUUCUCGAUUUAGUCCAAGAAAUGCUCAAGUAUCCUCACAGUUUCAACAGACAGAGAUUCGAAGAACUUACCUCUGCCAGCAGCAAUUUAGGAAGAAUACCAGCGGUGCCAUUGCCGGAAGAGCUUCCUUGCAUAACUUUUUGUCAUCCUUCGAGGGCAGUUAAGGAAAAAGUCUUGACAAAGAUCACUGAAUUAGGAUGUGUUUCGCGAAUGGGUCCAGUGCAAUUAUUAGAAAUAGAAGAGAGACCAGCGAGUCUUUAUAUUAAGUGGCACAUUAUUGAUCCUGAAUAUUCCGGCGAAGAACAAAUUUUUAUUGUGCAAAAAACAACCGGAGAUAGUGUUGAUUCUGUUUCGAAUAACUUUGAAACUGUUUACGAAGGUUCUGAGACUUCGUGCUUUGUUAGAGAUUUAUCGGUUAAUACACCAGUUUCGAUUAGAGUUGGAAUUCAAGCACCUCAUAUUGUUUGGAGUAUUCUUCAGACGGCGAAAACUUCUUUAGCGCCUUACUGUUGGAAUUUGACAAAUGAAAACUACAUGAUAACGAACUCGGGUAAAGUAGCAGCAAAAAUCACGAACGAAAUCAGUACUCUCUUUUCGCAGGAAGCGCAAUUCGAUGCGGAACACGUCAUCGAAUUUAAGUUUUUGGAGGCAUCGACUGAUGGGAGUAAUGAGGAAGGACUUGCUCUUGUAUCUGAUUCUGGCGGAAAAGAUGACGAUCUUAAAAGAAAAGGAGCUUUAUUAAUUACGCCUCAAGGAAAAAUCUACAUGGAUGGGGAAGAAAAAUUAAUGCGAUUGCCAAAGAUACGUUUCGGAACACGUAUUUUAUUUUCGGCGACUCGAAAAUAUGAAGAAACUUUGAGAAUUAAUAUCGAGUGUGCCGAUAAAGCAGUCACUUACGAUUGGAUCGUGCAAACACCACUAUAUUUUGCCGCCCGAUUUACAGAGUUUAAUAAGUGGAAUCUUAUCGUUAAAUGAACAUUUAGAGAAUGAGUUUUUUUUUUAAUCUAUAUUUAUACACGUGUUUUUAAAAGUGCCUUAUAUUUAUGUGGUCAAUAAAAUGAUUUUACG